CGAAGAUCCCCCGAAGCUCUCUACCAAGCUCACCAGGGCUCUAUACCGCAAGUUGCAACAGAGUCCCUGUACCUGGGUGGCCUACACCACUUCUCGAAUAAGUGCAGCCAGAUUCCCAGAUACCUACAACGCCUCUUUCCAAGAUCCCAUUCCUGCUGAGAACCUUGAGAUUUCGGCAGGCGAUUCGGUUGUAUCGAUCUCAACUGGUGCUAGUGCUUCGGGAACUGAAAAGUCUCAGCCAGGUGACAUGACUCUGCGACCGUCAUUCCGUUCUAGGGGUAACCCCUCUAAAGCUGCCAGUGCUUCUCGUGGAAGCGACAGGAACCAAGGAGGAUCGUUCCUUAUCUCAAUGAAGGAAGUUUUGGACGACGGAGGAUCCAAACCUGUUGUCGAGACUACUCCAACUGAGGUUGUAGCUCAGGAUGCUGCUCCUCUCCCUGAGGUCCAGGUGCCGGAGGCUGACUACCAGGCUCCGAAGGGUACCUCUGAGAUCGAGCCGUCGAGACACAAGAGGCCCAGGAUCGAUCAGGGCGGAGCUUCCAUCCGUUCUUCUUCCUCGUCCUCUAGAGGAGGGACUGUUGGGUGGAGCUUUACCCAUUCGAAGCCUGGGUCGAUCCUGGAUGACUCUUGGGGCCUAGCUGCGAUAAUGAGGCACCUGAAGAGCGUGGGAUGUCCCCUUCCAGCGCUCAAGGACCUGACUAACCGAGAUGAGUAUCUCGAUAUUGCCCACUGUAUGGGUCAGUUGGCUGGGGCUGUUAACAGGGCCCAGCUCAGGUUUGAGAAUGCUCUGUGUGCUGCCCCCAAUGCUGGUGAACUUGCUGAGGUUACCGAGAUGGUUAAGGCAGCCAAAACCGAUCUUGACCAAGCCCGGGUUCGAAUUUCUGAACUCGAAGCCGAAGUGACGAGGCUAGGCUCGAAGGCCGAUGCUCAGCAAGGAGAGAUCGAGAGUCAAAAGCUCGAUAUCCAGGUGAAGAGCAGGAGGAUCAAUGAUUUAGAGGCUGCUCGAAAGAUAGCUGAGCAUCAAGUACGUGAGCUCAUUGCCUCAUCCCGGGAUAGCCAGAAGAACAAGGAAGCUGAAGUCAAGCUGGCUGUCAGGGAAGGGAAGAAAGAAGUCGCCGAAGCUUACGGCAAGAUCCUGGUCUGUGUUAAGGAGAAGUUUGCUAGGAAGAAAGAUGAGGUCGACGCUUUGGUGUACGCUCAGGAGCUCCAAGCUAAUGCCGACCUCUUGAAGGAUAUGCUGAACAACAAGAUCCAAAGCGUUGAAGAGGAGUACAACCAAUUGGUGGCCUUAUUACCAGAAGCGACAACUGCGUAUGAGAAGGCUCAAGUCUCUGACUUCUCGGUCAGCAAGCUUCCUCUUCCCCAGAUCUCGGAGAGUUCAGGUACUUUCGAGAUUAACAUGUUUAAUCCAUCCUUUUCUGGGGAGUAUGGCUCUAAUUUGGGUUUGAUGGCUCCUGACUUAGCUCCAGUCGAGGCAGCAAUAGGAGGUGACGGCAAUGUGGUCGAUGAGGGAGUUCCUGCCGGUGCUGGUGAUCCGAUUCAGGAAGAGAAGGAAGAUUGAGAGCUACGGCUCUUUUAACUUUAUGUUUUGUGUUUUUAAGACUUCGGCCUAAGGGCUUUGUUUCGUUAUGUUUUGUGACUUAGUGCCUGAGGAGGCCUUUAAACCUUAACGCUUGCUGGAUUUCAAUAGCCUGGGGAGGUUUUUAAACCCUUUCUUAUGUUUAAAUCGUGGCUAUUAUUUCUGUUUUAAGUUUUUGAACUUAACCUCGUUUCAUUUAAUCAUAGUGAUUGCGAAUCUCA